CGUAGACUCCUUAUUACCCUCUUUCUUUCAACGCUAACGUUUCUCUUUCUUCAAGAAUCUGUUUUUCUCACUUUCUUUUACAAUUUUGCAUUCAAAUUUUAUAGUCAUUAUAGGAAAAAUCCCUAACGGGUAUCAAUCUGUAGCUCCGGGUUUUGUAUUAUUUAUCUUGGUUCUUAUAUCAAUAUACACGUAUAAUUUGUGGAAUUUGUUGUUAUUUGGUGUAAAUUUUCAUCAAUUAGUUACAAUUAGGUUUAGUGAUGAGUUCGAGAGCGAGAUAUCCGCCGCCGGGAAUGGGUGGAGGCCGAGGAGGCGCCGCCGCCGGAAUGAACCCGCAAGGAGGACCAAACCCUAAUUUUCAACCAAGAAACAUUAAUCAACAGUACGUGCAGAGGAGUCCAGCGCAGAAUAAUCAGAAUCAUCAAUUGUUUCAAAACCCUCAGCCACAGCAAUGGCUGCGAAGAAAUCAACUUCCACACACUGAUUCGACCGUCGAUGAGGUUGAAAAAACUGUGCAAUCAGAAGCGGUUGAGUCGAGCUCGCAAGAUUGGAAGGGACGACUAAAAUUACCACCAGCAGACACUCGUUAUAGAACCGAGGAUGUUACAGCUACCAAAGGAAAUGAAUUUGAAGACUACUUUUUGAAGCGUGAGCUGCUUAUGGGAAUAUAUGAGAAAGGUUUUGAAAGGCCAUCACCAAUCCAAGAGGAGAGCAUUCCAAUUGCUCUUACGGGAAGUGAUAUCUUGGCUAGGGCCAAAAAUGGAACUGGGAAAACUGCUACCUUCUUGGAGAAAAUUGAUCAAGAUAAAAAUGCUAUUCAAGUUGUUAUUCUUGUCCCUACAAGAGAAUUGGCUCUUCAAACAUCACAAGUUUGUAAAGAACUUGGGAAGCACUUAAAAAUUCAAGUCAUGGUUACUACUGGUGGAACUAGCUUAAAGGAUGACAUAAUGCGUCUCUAUCAACCAGUUCAUUUACUUGUUGGGACACCCGGAAGAAUUCUUGAUCUUGCAAAAAAGGGUGUCUGCAUCUUAAAUGAGUGCUCUGUGCUUGUAAUGGAUGAGGCUGAUAAGCUUUUGUCACCAGAGUUUCAACCUUCUGUUGAGCAGUUAAUUCGCUUUUUGCCUGCAAAUCGUCAAAUUCUUAUGUUCUCAGCUACUUUCCCGGUUACUGUAAAAGAUUUCAAAGAUCGUUAUCUGCGGAAGCCCUAUAUCAUCAACCUUAUGGAUGAGCUUACGCUCAAGGGUAUAACCCAGUAUUAUGCGUUUGUGGAAGAAAGACAGAAAGUUCACUGCCUCAAUACUCUCUUUUCUAAGCUUCAAAUUAAUCAAUCAAUUAUUUUCUGCAAUUCUGUAAAUCGAGUAGAACUUCUUGCUAAGAAAAUCACAGAGCUUGGUUAUUCUUGCUUCUACAUUCAUGCUAAGAUGCUUCAGGAUCAUCGCAACAGAGUAUUCCAUGACUUCCGCAAUGGUGCCUGCAGGAAUCUCGUUUGCACUGACUUAUUUACAAGAGGGAUAGAUAUUCAAGCAGUAAACGUCGUCAUCAACUUUGAUUUUCCUAAGAAUUCAGAAACAUAUUUACACAGGGUUGGUCGAUCUGGAAGGUUUGGACACCUUGGGUUAGCCGUGAAUCUGAUCACCUACGAGGACCGCUUCAACUUGUAUAGGAUUGAACAAGAAUUGGGAACAGAGAUCAAGCAGAUACCUCCGCAUAUAGAUCAAGCUAUAUACUGUCAAUGAUCUAUAGUCAGUGCUAGCAAUUUCAGAUUGGAAGUGGUGAGACUGGAAUAUAGCUGCGAGAUGGAGAGGUGACAUGAUUGAGCAUCGGGGGUUGUUAGAAAUCAUGUUCAUGGUCAAGAAAGACCUUGUAUUUUCCUCAUGGGACAGAUGGGGCGUGGAUUUCCAAGAAAUUGGCUCAUCGCCCUUUAAAAGAUUUGGAACCAUAUUGCGGUUGCAUGUGUUCAGUGCACUGAGUCGUUGCCUUCACUCUUUGAGCCAUGGCUUUUUUCUUAUUUUCUGUUGAAUUAAGUUUGAGCUAAGAUGAUGAGCGUUUCCUGUAUGUCCAAUGCAAAAAUUUAUUUGUGCUUGUUACCUUUCUAGUUUCAAGUUUCAAUAAAUAAAAAAUAGAAGUCCUGUUUUUAUUUCUUGAAUCUCAUUUAUUUGAGAAUUGUAAGAUUUACCUUCCC